AUGUGGAUCCUCGACUCGGAGGGCGACUUUCUGGGGGGUGCCCGCGUCUGGCUGCGACCGGGGAAGAAGUACCUCUUCGGUCGCAUCAAGCAGGCUGACGUCCGCCAUGCCAUCGAUCACAAGACGAUCUCCCGUCGACAUAUGGUGAUUGAGGUGUCACCUGUGAAGCCGGGCGAUGGAUCGCAUAUCUACACCAGGUCGGAAAUCGCGGUGUGCGACCUCGCCUCGAAGUGUGGCACAACAGUGGACGGAGACCCGGUCCGGGAACGCAGGACGUUGACGGACGAGGAACACGAGAUCAAGCUGGGGCGAUACGAACAUGUGCUGCGGAUCAAAUGGCAGCCGGCAGUGCUCAGUUUCUCGCUUUCCUCCAGGGAACUCCGAGCGAAGGACCCUUUAGCGCGCGUGCGCUCCCGCGUUGAGGACCUAGAUAUCAAGACGAUCGUGCCGUACGUCGUCGACCAGACGACCCAUGUGGUACAGACCAAGCGGAACACGGCGAAGGGGCUGCAGGCACUGGUGAAUGGGAAGUUCAUCGUCCAGGACUCGUAUAUCGAUGCCUUGGUGUACGCUGCGACGCCGAGUGAUCUGGAGAAUCUGGAAUCGCUGUCUCCGCUCGAGGCCAAUUUCGACGCCGCGUGGCCGGAUGCGAGACAGCAUCUUCCCCCGCCGGGCAAGGAAGUCACGCAGAGACCGAAGGAGGCGUUUGCCCCGGUUUCGAGCAGGAUUGAUGUCUUUGAAGGCUACACUUUUAUUUUUGCUGAUUCGGCACAGUUUGCGAACCUGCAGGAUGCGAUUGGGAACGGGCAUGGAAAAGCUUUGUUUUAUGAGGUGCAACAUGGGGUCACGAAUGCGGAGGAUAUUGUGGAGUUUAUGAAGAAAGCCGCGGGCGACAAAGGCCUCGGGAGUCAGCGGAAUGGACCUGGAGGUGUGGUAUUCGUUCGGUAUCGCACCGGGGGACCCCACGAGGACUGGUGGAUCGAGCUGAGCCACGACAUAGCUCGGAUGACGGACCAGCGAGUCAUCGAGCAAAGCGAAUUUCUCGACGCCAUCCUCGGAAAUGAUGCCGCGCCGUUGUGCCGGACACUAGUACCCGAGUCCACCGCGCGGACGGACGCGCCUGCCUCCCAGCCGGAUGCGACCCCCAGCGAUGUUCCGAUGGUGGAAGAUUCCCAGCCCUCCGAGGAACCACCGCAAACACAGGCACAGACCAAGAGGUCAAAACCACGCGUCCGCGCCUUCGUCAGCAAGAUGAAGACCUUUGACGACGGCUUCGAUCUCAACUCGAUUCCCGCUCAUGCUCCGGACGACGAAGUUGCCAAUUCGCCGGUGGAGAUGGGGCCCUUACCGCAGUCCCAGCCGCAGAGCAGCGUCGACGAAGAGGAUGUUUUCACGAACCUGCUGCCCGGGUCCAGCGCCAUGAAACGCCGCCGUGCUGAAACUGUGCAGCGGACCGACGCACCCGCCCCAAUCAAAGAGGAGGUGCCACGACCGAAACGCCAGAAGCUGGAUGUCCUCGAGGCCGCCCGCCAGCACCGGGAGGCGGAAGACGACGCUCGCCGACAAGCGGAGGCAGUAUCGCUGCAGGGCCCCGAGGAUGUCAACGUCGAGAAGCUGAAAGGACUCGCCAUCGUGGAGGAGAUGGAGGUCAAGCCGCGCAACAGCGGAGACGACAGCCGCUGGGACGAGCGGUGGAACGGGCGCAAGAACUUCAAGAAGUUCCGGCGGAAGGGCGACUCCAGCCAGCCGCGAUAUCGGAUCCAGACGGUGAUUGUGCCGCUGGAGGAGGUGACGCGGAAGGAGUUUGGCAUCGGGGACCACUACUGGGUGAGUACUACGAGUCGCCCGUCGCCCGAGCGGCAGGCGGAGCGGCAAGCGGCGAGUCCAGUGGAGCAGCCGGACAGCGAGGCGACGCCCUCUAUAACAGCCCGGGUCGAGUCGGAGACGCCAGCGCCCAAGCUCAAGCCGCGCAGCCAGCGCAGUCAGAAACGGGGGCGGGAGGAAGAGGAGGAGGACAGCGACGACGAGAUGCGAUUCCGGUUCCGACGGCGAAGGUAG